UUUCAUUUUAGUUUUACUUUAUAAAUCAUGAUCAUCAUAUAUUGGACCAUGUGGUUUACAGAUACCAUAUAUAUGUAAUACUAUUUGGUAACUUUGCUCAUUCUAUUUUAGCGAUUAGACAAACCAUCUUGCAGAUCGAUCUGAAAGAGCUAGCUAGCUAGAAGGCCCCUUUUAUAAGCUUGAAAAUAGGCGCUGUAAAUCAAUUCAAAUAGAUAGGGGAGUUCCCAAGCAAGCCCUUUCUCGCCCUUUCUAAUGUCCUAGGCGAAGGGUUCCAAGGGUUGGGUUGUUCGCCCAUUAAAGCGGUACGUGAGCUGGGUUCAGCAGAUCAAGAACAUGGACUUUGAACGCAAUAAUCUUAGACGACGACUAAUGCCGCCAAUUGAAGAUAGAUUGAGCAGCUUGCCGGAUGAACUUAUUCAACAUAUCUUCUCUUUUAUUGACACUAAAUUUGUUGUUCAAACAUGUUUGUUGUUUCCAAGAUGGAACAUUCUCUGGAGAUCCAUGCCAUAUCUCACUUUUACAAGUCAUGAAUUUGAUUCUUUACAUAGCUUUUCUAAAUUCGUGACCAAUGUUCUGUCUCGUCGUGACCAUCAGAUAGACGUGUUUUUGGUAAAAUUAAGUUUCAACAGGGCAGCUAGUCAGCCUUUUGUGAGUCUAAUUGCACGUUAUGCAUUUUCUCACAAUGUCCAACAACUAACUGUCAUUAGUAGCCCCAUGAAUAACCAACGGCUUCCUCUUUGCCUCUUUAAGGGCUCCAAGUCACUUAAACAUUUCACCUUUAGAAGUACUGAUUAUUCUGCAUAUUCCUCUACACUGGCCGAAACACCAUGGGAUUUUUCAGUUUUAAUUAGUUUGAAUCUCAGUAAUGUUUCAUGGUGGCCGAAUGACAAACAGUCUAAUGAUCUUUUCUCCAAGUGUGUCAACUUAAAGGACCUCACUUUGAAUAAUUUCAGAUAUAGUGGUGGCAAUGCGGUAUUUGACAUCAUAACCCCUCGACUUGAAAAUCUCAUGCUUAUUAAGUGCUCGUUUGGCUGGCUAGUUGACGUCGUCAAUGUGAUUGCACCUCAAAUCAAGAAUCUCAUUGUAAUCAAUUGUCGAAUCCAGGGCUUGAAUAUUGCACCUUCACAAAUUUCAAACUUUUGCUUCAAAAAUAAACAUCCUCUGCAGUUGCCAAAAGAUUGUUUUCAUUCUCUCAAUAAAGUGACUCUGUCUUUAAAUUUAAGUCGUUCAAACAUGCUGUAUAACGAGGAAGAGUCACGUGCCACUAUUAACAUGCUUCAGGAGCUCCACAGUGCCAGAUUUCUUACUGUUAACUUGGACAUUGUUGAGUGUCUCUCCUCAUUUCCGGAUCUAGUUGCGCAGCAUCCUUCACCUUUUAUCAACUUAAUUUGCUUAAAUAUAGACUCCAGCAGAGAGGAAGCAUAUAAAGUAAAACUAUCAGCUGAAGCUCUAAACUACCUGCUUAAGAACUCUCCGAAUGCCACAUUCAUCAACGACUUACCCGAGGAACCAUUUACAAAAGAAAUGAUAGAGAAAGAGGCUUCAGAGAAGAAAGCCAAACUGAUUACAGAAAUUAAGACUCGAAUGAAGGAACUGCAAAACUCCGUAAAGCAGGAAAUUAUGCAACAUAUUAAGAGAAAUCUUGACAAGGAACAUACCAAAGCAUUGUUUGGGAACCUUGUGGCAAACCUACUACAGGUAUUGACCAUGAAAAAAAUGAUGCAAUCAGAUUCCAAUCAAAUUGAGGCAGAACUGGCUCGACUGACACAGAGAAUCCAGGCCUGUGUAGGGAGGCUGCAGGAUUUGUAUCAGCAAGUUUACAAGAAUUUUGAAGCGAUUCAUUCAAAGGAGAUGCAGAUCAUAUCGUUAUUGAGAAACUUGCCUACUUCACAGAGAAUCAAAUACUCUCAGCAACUUAAAGUAACAGAAAUACUGGAUGCCCGUCUACUCUCAACGCUUGAAGAUGUAUGUUCCUGUAAAAAAAAGAUUGUUGAUGUUUAUAAAGAACAUGUGUCUCAUAACAUCUCAACAUUUCAAGAUAUUUCCAGGGUUGCUGAAGAUUGGGCGAAGAGAUCGAGUUCACACAAUAUUUCAUGAAAAUUUACAGUAUAUAGAGUUAUGAUCAGUAGGAAUUGGAUUUCAUUUGAUCUAUUACCAGUACCUUUUUAGCAAAAGUUUACUAGUUAUGUUCUUGAACCUUUUUUAUCUAUUAUUUUUUCAGUGAGAA